AUGUGCCGUGCUAAGGAAAAAGCAUGCCACACUCUGCACUGUAUUGUGGUGACCCGAGAACAUACCAUCAACAUUCACAAGCGCAUCCAUGGAGUAGGCUUUAAGAAGCGGGCCCCUCCUGCACUCAAAGAGAUCUGGAAGUUCGCCAUGAAGGAGAUGAGAACUCCAGAUGUGCGUAUGGAUACCAGGCUCAACAAAGCCAUCUGGGCCAAAGGAAUAAGGAAUGUCCCCUAUUGGAUCCAUGAGCACUUGUCCAGGAAACACAAUGAGAAUGAAGACUCACCAAACAAGCUUUAUACUCUGGUGACCUAUGUCCUGGUUACCACGUUCAAAAAUCGACAGACAGUCAAGGUGGACGAGAACUAACCAUUGAGUGUCAA